UACAGAAAAAGCCCAUUUGAGCCGCGCUUUUUCCGGUCUUUACGGAACGCUCAUUUCAAUCUCAGUGUAACCGAUCUUGCUCCCCCUCGAAACUACCAGUACUUCAAUGGCGGGUGCUACGGAAGCCACUGCCAGUGCGGAGACGGAUAGCGUAACACCUGCGUCUGCUGUCGGGAGUAAUAUAGAGCUAGAAAACAAGCCACAAACGGAGGAAAUAAAGCGAUGGGGUGAUGUAGUGGACGAUGAGGAGCAACCGAGCGAUACUGUCUCAUCAUCAGAGGAUAAAGUCGUUGAAGAACUUAAAGUGGAUAAAUUAUCGAUUGAUGAUACCAAAAAGAUAAACAAAUUCCUCGAUGACCCUGAAGAUUCUAGCAUCCAAGCUGUUACAUCUGGUGAUACCCCAUAUGCAUCAGCAAGUACAUUUGAAGAUUUGAACCUGUCACCCGAGCUGUUGAAGGGAUUGUAUGUGGAGAUGAAAUUCCAGAAACCUAGCAAAAUUCAAGCCAUAAGUCUUCCUAUGAUCUUGACUGCUCCAUACAAAGAUUUGAUAGCUCAGGCACAUAAUGGUUCUGGUAAGACCACUUGUUUUGUGCUCGGCAUGUUGAGUCGCGUCAAUCCAGAUGUGAAAAGACCUCAGGCACUUUGCAUUUGUCCUACAAGGGAGUUGUCUAUUCAGAAUUUGGAGGUUCUUCAAAAGAUGGGAAAGUACACUGGAAUCAGUUCAGAAUGUGCUGUGCCAAUGGAAAGUGCAAACAAUGAUAGAUCUAGAAGUCGGCCACCAAUAUUUGCACAAGUAGUUAUUGGCACCCCUGGUACAAUAAAGAGAUUAAUGUCACAGAAGAAAUUAAGUGUUAUUGAUAUGAGAGUUCUUGUUUUUGAUGAGGCUGAUCACAUGCUGGCCAAGGAUGGAUUUCAAGAUGAUUCCUUGAGGAUAAUGAAGGAUAUUGAAAGAUUCAAUGCUCAAUGCCAGGUUCUUUUGUUUUCUGCGACGUUUGAUGAGACUGUCAAGAAUUUUGUAUCAAUGAUUGUGAAGAAAGAUCACAAUCAACUCUUUGUGAAGAAAGAAGAACUAUCAUUAGAUUCUGUGAAGCAAUACAAGGUAUACUGUCCUGAUGAGAUGGUCAAAAUUCUAGUAAUUAAAGACAGAAUCCUUGAACUAGGAGAGAACCUCGGACAGACAAUUAUAUUUGUGAACACAAAACGUAGUGCGGCUAUGUUGCAUAAGGCACUUGUUGACUUGGGUUAUGAAGUGACCACCAUUCAUGGUGCACUCACUCAUGAAGAUCGAGACAAGAUAGUCAAAGAGUUUAAAGAUGGGUUGACUCAAGUUCUGAUAUCAACCGACCUUCUAGCCCGAGGCUUUGAUCAACAGCAGGUUAAUUUGGUUAUCAAUUAUGAUCUUCCAGUGAAAUAUGAGACUCCAUCAGAGCCUCAUUAUGAGGUGUACUUGCAUAGGAUUGGUAGAGCAGGGCGUUUUGGCCGCAAAGGAGCUGUCUUCAACUUUGUGAUGACUGAUAGGGACGAGAUGAUCAUGGGAAAAAUUGAAAAGUAUUUUGGGACCCAAGUAAAAAAGGUCCCAUCCUGGAACAGUGAGGAGGAUUUUAAGAUAGCCCUGAAAGAAGCUGGGUUGCUGUAAUGUCAGCCACAUCUGUUAUUGUUGAGCUUGGCCGGUACACAAGCAUGGAUGUUGGAGCAGCAUAGUCUCUUGAAGAGUUGCAGAUUUUGUCACAAACAUGAAUUUUGGUGAUUUGAGUGAUCGUAAUUUUGCAGAUUUCGUCACGGAUACCAGUUAUAGUUGUCAAGUCGACCAUUCUAUAAAGUUGCCCAUUUUGUAUAGAAAAUAGUUUUUUUUUUUUUUUAGGACUAUUGAAAAUAGUAUAAUGUGAUGAAAUUCUGCUAUAAAAUUAUUAUUUAUUAAAAAUUUUCAA